CUAAGACCGGUGUCGAGACGACGGUGUUUCGUUUCUAGGAAACAUACAAUUAUUGUUCUGCAUAAUAUUAUACAGAUAACAGAUAACAGAUACCAUCACCUAGUGCUGAAUGUAACCUUAAUAAUAUAAUACGCGUUAUAAGUCGUAAUACAUUUUCCUGUCUAUUAUAUGUAGCUAUUACUGUAUAUAAUUUUAAGUCGUCAGUUGGAAAAUGUCGGACGGAGACGUGGAUACGAGCACUACCGCCGAUUCGUCGUUCGAGUCAAGUAUGGUAAGCAAACCUCCGACUUCGGCAUUAUCAUCGGACUUGUCAUCUACUUUACAACCGUCGUCUAGCGCAUUGAUGUUUAAUUUCCUCAACUACGAUCCGUAUUGCGACCGUAACAGUUCCAACGUCACAUCAUAUUCGUCGUUCACUUACUUCGUUUGCCGUUCCCUCGGGCUCGGAUCCUUAUGCAUGCCAUACUCGUUUAAGCAGGUGGGCGUGGUCACUGGCUUGUUGUUGAGCUUUAUCGCUGGAUUUACGUUUACAUACUCAUUUACCCUUUUGUGCCGUUUUAGGUAUAAAAUAUGUCAAAUACACAGAGUGCCAACAGUGUCCUAUCAAAACAUGAUCGAGUACGGUUUGGAGCAUGGCCCUAAAGCAAUUAGAUGUCUUUCAAUGUUUUUCAGGUUUACGUUUAUCGCCAUGAACUUGAUGUUGAAUUUCGGAAAGAGUUGUCUGUACACGAAAUUCGCAUCGCUGGCAAUUCAAGAGUUGUUUACCGAGAUAGGAUUUGACGUGAAUAUUUUGGAUGUUUCCCUGAGCUAUGAAGUCGUGUGCUUGUCGUUCUUGCUGUUACCAUAUACCGAGCAUAUGAAACCGGUAUACGUCCUCAGCCGUAUUGUUUGUACUGUUUCGUUGUGCAUCACCUUCUACAUUAUAUUCAAAUCGAACAUACAUAUUGACAGCCAGAUGUUGAUGUGUGGCAAUUGGACGGACGUUUUUCAAUUCUUUGGAACAUUUUUGUUCUCUAUCAUACCUGUAGUUCAGGUGCUUAAAAUUGAAGACAGAUUGAUCAAACCCGAGAAUUUCGUCAGGCCAUUUAACCUUUUGAACCUGUCAAUGGCUGUAAUGAUAAACACGUACAUUGUAAUUGGCCUGUGUGCGUAUUUGGAUCAUGAAGAAGUACCUAUAGUUAUUGGAAAUUCAGUAUCUGUAUUCAAAAUCAUUCCAGCGAUCAGGUCCCGAACUAUCAUCAAGUCAUGUGUCGCUGCGAAUAUCAUAUUUUUUCACAGAGAAUUGUGCUUAGAAUCGGUGUUUUUGUGGUCGCCUUCGAUGAGUGUGACGAAAAUUAAAAGUGAUAAAAAAAUGCCGUUUACCACAUAUUUGUCACCGCCUUUUUUGGCGGGACUGUUGGCGGUCUCCAAAAUCUUGUACACGUUCUGUUCGUUUUUGGUUACCACCGCAGUGCCGUCGCCGGCGACUAGAAGCUUCCAAGCGAUAAUGGCUCUCAUCGGCUACCUGGGUAACGCGUGCAACAUGCUGGUCUACCCGUACGCCGUCGAGCUGUGCGUGACGUACGCUCUGCACGGUAUGUCGGCCAGACCGUACGUGAUCGCCAAGGACAUGUGUUUCGUCCUUAUCGGUUUGUUGGUGUUCGCGUGCGGUACUUACGCAGUCACAGCUCGUUUAAUCGGAGACGCUGACUGAAGACGGAUGAAAUUGACACCUAUAUUAUUCAUAACUCCUCGUGUAUUGUAUAUAUUUAUUUUUUCGUUACAGAUUUUUUUUUAUUAUGGCGAUAAAAAAAUAAAAUAAAAUAAGUUUCAAAGGUUUC